AACAAACAAAACGAGAGAGGUUAUGUUCGACCUCUCUCAGCCCGUUGUGGGACGUUUAAAUUUCAAAAUUUUUUAAUUUUAAUGUGAUUGAAUGUACACAAAACUUGGAAUAACAGAACAAUAACAUUUUCGCUCUUGCUUCAGUAAUACUCAGUGCUUGAAAGUCGUGAUAGAUGCCUGUUAAAGUGUUAACCCGAUUCUUUAUGCAUGUGUGUCUCAACUAAGUCUGAACAUAAAACUUUCUCCUAAAAACCAAGUGGACUUAAAUUACUAUCAAUUUAUAUACCACUGAUUUUAUAAAAAUUUUCAUAUUCCUGUAUUUCCAUUGGUUUUCGCCUCUCUAUUUUUAUGAACUCAUCGACUGCUGUUAUCAAGUUGCAUCAAAGAAAAUGAGUGCUCUUUUGACUUUGCGGCCUCUUCACUUGCUCACAAGAAUUACUAGUGUUACUGAACUCAUAGGCUGUAACAUUCAAGUUUUUAAGCGCUUCCAGCAUAGAAGUCCCCGUGAGAAUAAAAGUCAAUACGACCGAGAAAUGGAGUUAUCUGCAAAGGAUUUUAGGUACGAAGACAUGCCUAUCCUCUCAAAACUAAUGGUGGCAGAUGAAGGGAAAGUACCAUUUGCAGUGAGGAUGCGAAAGCUGCUCAAGAGGAAAGGGUCCAUUUUUGGGGCUUUUGAAGAUGAUAUUCGUGAAGCUCAGCUGAAAGAACAGUCAGCAGAUCCGGAGCGGAUUAAGCUCAGUGGUGCAGAUUUAACUGCAGCUCAGUUUGUUUUGUUUCGCAGAGGUGGAGUUAAGUUUCUUAAUAUUGAUAAAUGGAUUUACUCUGAUGACAAACUAGCAAAGGAUUUACCAGUGAUAUAUGAUACAGAGUAUGUUUUAACAGGUAUUGAUCUUUCUAAUCAGGACGUGAGAUAUACAUCUCUGACGCAUUUAAAUAAUCUCUCAGGAUUAACUCAUUUGAGCAUAGCAAAUGUCCCUCAAGCUAAUGAUUGGUGGAUGGAUUACAUAUCAGGAACUGUGACAGCUCUCCAACACUUGGACAUUUCUGGUUGUUCUAAUAUUACUUAUAGAGGAAUUAGUAUUUUGUACAGAUUGACAAAACUUGAAUCACUGAAUGUUAGUAACCUGCGGUAUAGUAUAUUCUUAGAAAUGACACUAUUGGAGCUAGAAGGACUAUUUCCCAACCUCCGAAUUUAUGGAUAUGAUAGUUUGAAAAGAGAGGAACCAAGUGAAAUAGUUCCAGAACCAUCGGAAGCAAAAAAAUAAUUUUUUAUGGACUUUUGUUGCUAUGAGUUCUGAAAAAAUUGGUUAUUAUUCCAAACUUGUAUUAAAAAAUUCUGUUUCAGUAAAUGUCUUAAUAUAACUUAUUAUGUUUCUAUCUUCAA